AUGCGACCUACUAAGCGGCAGAGGAUACUGGCAGGCCCGUCCGACGCAGGAGGGUCAGAGGACAUGCCGCAUCCGAGGCAGGCGCAACCCGCAGCGGCGUCGUCCAGUAGCACAGAGACCAACACAGCCCUUAAGGGCAGGCUUCUAGACACCUUGUUCGAUAUCAUCGCGAAGAUCAACCGGAGGCGGGCCGACAAGACCCUCGGCACCCGGCUCGUCGAAGCGAGCACGAGUAUUCUCCAGGUAGCCCUCCGCGGCAGCAUAAGCUACUCCAACGUCCGUACGUAG